UCAGAGACGGCCAGCUGCCUCAGGAGACGCGGCGGCCAUGGAGGCGAUCCAGCCUACCAGCGAUCCGAUCGCCAAGGUGUUGAGCGACAGAAUGAACCCUCUGCUCAACGGAUCGACCAUCCCCGACGGCUGGUCUGUGACAUCCGAAGAUUCGCUGACACCGAGGUUGCUGUCCGUCAAGUCCAACUCCAGCACCGAGAGCUACUUUGGAGGCUCUGGAAGAGCGCUGUCACGAUCAAGUCGACACAUUUCCGCCCCAAAUGCGGAGAACAACUACAUGGAGUACUUGGAUCUGAUGAAACUGGAAGUCGAUUCGCAGCUCGAUAAGCUCAAGGGGGACGUGACAGGUCUGGAGAACUAUGCCUUGCCAGACAGUGUCUACAUAAUCGGCACGCACCUGGGCAUGUCUCUUGAUGUGAUGCUGAUCGAGAUAGAUGAGAGGUUCAAUGCGCUCAAGCUGCUGCUGGGCGUCGUGUUCCGGCAAGCUAGGGAGAUGGUUGACCUGAGUAACCCGUCCGUUACUGAUCUCCAGUGGGAGCACGAGUUGCAGUUGGAAAUCAUCAGCAUUACCAUCGGAGAAUGCAUUACUGGCUUGCAGGAGGAGCUAGAGAGGAAGCUGUAUGAGCAAAUUUCUGUCACAAACACCAUGAGUAAGAACUGGCAGGAAGCAGUAGCGCAGUUUGCCGCGAUGCGUGAAGACCUGAGUGCUCUUUCUAAGCUGCUGUUUCCUUCAGUACCAGAAUCACAUAUUUCUCACAGUAAGAGUGAAGGUUCAGGUAAGAGUAGUAGGUGGAAGUACAAUAUAUUCGGGAAGAAAACAAAGGAGGAUCAUGCUUCAUCCCGCACCGAGGGAAGCAAGAGUUUCAGGAAACAGAAGUCCAUGGUUAUCUCAGAGAAAUCUGACUUCCGCCAUUUGAAUGCUAUGACGAAGGAAGAAACAAUAAGCUAUUUUAAGUCUGAGAUAAGCAAGUUGAAGAGAGUGCAUGAAUCAGCCUUGCUAGAAAAGACGGAAGAGAUCUUCAAACUGAAACGGGAGAAGGGGUCUCUUGCUCUUCAGAAUGAUGUGGAGUUUGAACCUUUAAGAAAGAAAAUUCCACAGAUCAUCGCUAGAAUGGACCAAAUCAUUUCCAAGAAUAUAAAGGCACCCGGAUUUCUCACCACUCAUCAUGAACUCGAUGAAAAGAGCAGAUUUUCAAGCAGAAUUGAUUCUUUAUACUACGACAAUCAGCAUCUUAGAGGUUUGCUUGCAGAUAAUAUGAAGGAUGUCAAGGAAUUGUCAUCUCAGCUGUCUGAAGCCAGUAGAGGCAUGUCUCUUCAGUUAUCUUCAGAAGAAGAGCUCUUGAGGCAAAUUGAGAAAUGUAAAGAAGAGUGGGAGGACCUCCGAAUUGAAAGUGAUCUAAGGGAUGGGCUAUACUCUACUGUUACAAGAAGUUUACUUGAUGAUUCUAUGAACAACAUGCAUGAUGCUUCACUGAGCUUUGAUGCAAAACUGUCUUCACUUGAAGCUGUGGUCUCUGAAAAUGAGAAGGCUUUGCGUUCGUCAAAUGACGAAAAUCGGAAGUUAAGGGAGAAGUUAUCAGAUCUAGAGGAAGAGUGUUUGUUCCAAGAGCAUCAGGAUGAUCCAGAAGUCAUCAAACAAGAGAGUGCACUGAAUUUUGAUGCAAAACUGUCUUCACUUGAGGCUGUGAUCUCUGAAAAGGAGAGUGCUUUGCGUUUGUCGAAUGAAGAAAAUCGGAAAUUAAAUGAGAAGCUAGCAGAGCUAGAGAAAGUGUGUUUGUUCCAAGGGCAUCAGGAAGAUCCAGAAAUCAUCAAGCAAGAGAGUGCCGAAAUGAUUCUGCGUGAUAUUGAGGUGGAGCCUCAAACAUCACCAGGAAGAUCACAUGAGACUCCAAAGCAAGAUUUGCAGUAUGAUGAACUUCUCAAACUGAACGGCUCAAAUAUGGACUAUGAUGGUGCUCUCACUAAGAAUGGGCAAGAAAAGCAAUUGGAGUGCAUUUUGGUAUCUAUCAUGAAGUUGUCAAAGGAGUUUGUGCAAAUUGAGCAAAAAAUUUCAACGGAAAGAACUGAAAACAGAUCAGAGGAUUUGAGUGAUCAUUGCAGCCACAUGGUCAAACAAGCCGUAGUACUAACAAAAAUAGGCCUCUGGUACAAACAAAUGCUUGAAGAAAGGCGUUCUGAGCUCCAAAAGGCUGAAGCUAAGGUUGUCAUUUUGGGUGACAAGGUUAAUUCACAUUUGAGUCUUCUCGAGAAAAUAUAUGUAACUCUUGAUCACUACUCUCCCACAUUGCAGAAACAUCCGGGGUUACUGGAUGCUUUCUUGAAGACAUGCAAGCUUGUGGCGGGUUUGAGAAGUAGACAUGAUGAAGAUGAAACAACAUAGAUGAGUGCAGAUAGGUUUGGUUUUGCUUGAGUCUGGCUUAGGACCCAGGAGAUCUAGGUAGAUGAAGCUGAUGCCCAGGCUCAUGUGCUCGACCAUGUGACUCUUCAGAUGUAGAUCAAGAGCAUUGUUUCAGACUUGAUUUUUCAUAUGUCUAUUUCAAAGCGAUCAGUUGUAUAUUGAUGUGUGUGUGUAUAGUGUGUAUAUAGGUCCAGAUAAGCAGCGUGAUGAGGAUCAGGGAUGGUUACAGACUUACAGGUUGGAAAUGUAGGUUGGUUACUGUGCACAUGGUGAUCAUAACAGUCUAGAAUGAUUAUCAAGUCCAUUUUAAAUGCUGCAAUGAUUAUGCGAGUCAUUAGG